GUGCAAAAACACACUCCCUCUCCGGGUGUAACUUCAGUUCAGUGCAGUCGAGUUCUGGUGGCCGACGAAGCUGGUCCCUUCACAGAGACGCUUUCCCGGAUAGCAACGCCCUUCGGUCCUCUUACCUCGUCCUCAUCGGUGACAUAGAGAGGUGAUCCAAGAUGCCUUUCAAGCCCGCAGAACAGGCGAAGUGCCCGAAAUGCGGGAAGUCCGUGUACGCCGCCGAAGAGAAGGUCGCCGGCGGCUACAAGUUCCACAAGUCUUGCUUCAAAUGCGAGAUGUGCAACAAGAUGCUGGACUCUACCAGCUGCGCUCCCCACGAUGACAAACUGUUCUGCAAGCAAUGCCACGGGAGGAAAUACGGUCCAAAGGGUUAUGGCUUCGGCGGCGGCGCAGGUGCCCUCUCCAUGGACGCUGGCGAGCAGUUCGGCAACACCGAAUCUGUCUCAUACUCUGACAUGGUCGCACUGCAGAUGUGUGAGACAAACACCCAUGCGGACAUUCUUCUCGUCUUCGGUCGGGUACUCCGGUAUCCUUUUGGCGUAGAUCAAAUGGCAUUGAGGGCGAUAUUAGACGAUCGUCUGCACAGACCCAUGGCGAAUCCCAGCUUCUGUGGCUAUGGCAUCCAGAAACACGGGUCUGUUUGCUCUAAUGACCUCGUCCACCUCCGCCCGGUUGCCCGUGAUGACGACAUCGGCUCAUCUGGGUCCCGGUUGAGGCCUAGAGCACCGAUGCAGUCGAAGGUCAUUCCUGCGCCGGAGGGAGAAGGCUGUCCUCGAUGUGGGGGCAUGGUCUACGCGGCGGAACAGAUGCUUUCACGCGGCAGGGGUUGGCAUAAGUCCUGCUUCAAGUGCUUUCAGUGCAACAAGCAACUCGACUCCGUGAACCACUGUGAUGGUCCCGACCGAGAAAUCUACUGCAAACUCGACUACGCGAAAAAGUUUGGUCCCAAGGGGUAUGGGUACGGAGGAGGUGCAGGUGCCCUGCAAUGCGACCUCAUCAAUGGGGACAACUUGACCGAAUUCGUGAAACCGUCGAAGAACCUGGAGGAAUCGAUCAAGGCACCAGAAGGACAAGGAUGUCCACGGUGCGGAGGCAUGGUGUACGCAGCAGAACAGAUGCUUGCCAAGGGAACGACAUGGCAUAGAAAGUGCUUCAACUGCGGCGUUUGCCAUCGGCCGCUGGACUCGGUAAACGCGUGCGACGGCCACGAUCGAGAUAUUUACUGCAAGACCUGCUACGGCAAGAAAUACGGGCCUAAGGGAUAUGGAUUCGGCGGAGGGGCUGGUUUCCUUCAAACAGAUGUCAUCACGGAUGGAGAGGAAGUGGACAUGGUGAGCGGUCAGCCGAGGUGGAUCCCACCAGAGGCCAUGGACACGGGUGCCAUCAAGAGUACCCAUGGUGAAGGGUGUCCCAGGUGCGGCGGGGCGGUGUUCGCUGCCGAGCAGAUGCUUGCCAAGGGCUCGGUAUGA